AUGCUUUGGUCGAGAACCUGGUUUGCAACCAAGCAGGCUCCGGUGUUUCAAUUGGCAGUCUCAACGUAUCUGCGGAAAUAUCCAACAUUGUGGGUCUCAUCAGUUGAAGCUCGCAAUAUCAGCAUUAUCCAGGGCAACAACAUCGCAUUCAUCAAGACGUAUCCUGGAGGAUCUGGUUACGUUAGAGAUGUCACAUUUGAAAACUUCCGGUCCCUGAACAGCCUGUACGGAUUGGACAUCAACCAAUACUGGCAAAACACUUGGGAGCCUGACACCGGUUCCGUGACAUUGAGCAACCUUGUUUUCAAGAACUUUUCAGGAUCGGUUGCCGAUGGAGCACUCCGCCCACCAUUGUAUCUGUUUGCCAGUGACUUGACCUUUGCAACAAACGUCACCGUGGAGGAAUUCUCUGUAUGGACUGAGACUGGUACAACAGUCGUGAAUAAGAUCAGCAAUAUCUUUGGCACUGGAGAUGACAGCUAUGGAGAAAAUGACGGCAUUCAAACUCUGCAAUCUGGAGAGUCGCCGUAUACAUACACUAGCACCUAUACUAUUACGGCUUCUCCGACCAAUUGGCAAGCUCCAUCAACCCCAACAUGGGCCUUACCGAGCACUGGAUAUGGAACGGCGUCACCCAUCCCGGUCUAUACUCCUGCACCCCUUUGGCGUCCUGGUGGAAUAGACUACAAUCUUCAUUACUGGGGAAGCUUUUAG